UCAUAGGUCUCCGUUGAGAGAGUCACAGCAAACCUUAUUUUCGGGCAUUUCCGGCGCAGCCAAGAAACCAGGAGACGAAAUAAUGGACGACAGAGUAAACUCCUUGCCCUUCUUCUAUGGCAACAUCACCCGGGAGGACGCGGAGGACUACCUGCGGCAGGGUGGCAUGGGCGACGGCAUGUACCUGAUACGGCAGAGCCGGAGCUACUUAGGGGGCUACGCCUUGUCGGUGGCAUACAGGCGGGAAUGCUACCACUACACCAUCGAGAGGGAGCACAACGGCACGUACGCCAUCAUUGGCGGGAAGAGCCAUCGAUCCCCCGUGGAUGUGAUCGACUACCACUCCCAGAAGUGCGAAGGGCUGGUGUGUCUGCUGAAAAUGCCUUACAACAGGCCCAAGGGCAUGCAGCCCAAGGUGGGGCCUUUUGAGGACCUCAAGGAGAAGCUGAUCAGAGAGUACGUGAAAAAGACCUGGAACCUGCAGGUUAGUAGGAAUACUUGGGUUCACCGUAGGUUGGUUGGUCUGAUCGAUUGACUUGACUGAUUGGUUAGUUGGUUCAUUCAUUUAUUCGUUGGUUCAUUGAUUUAAUUCCUUCAUUAAUAAAUAAACCUUGAUGCCAUGUUGUUACUCUAUACCAACUUUAGUGACAAGAAUUACUUAGUUGUACAUGUUAAGUGCAGACACAUAAAUGGUAAAUGAAAUAGUGAUUGAUUGAAAGGGAAAUGACCCAAUGCUGUCUCAAAUGUGUUACUGCUAUAGUAGGCCUAAAGUUACCUUGUAUUUAUUAUGCAAUAACUCCAUCCAACAACUCAAAAUUACAAAAUAACUAUCUGUGCGAAGUGUGACUAAAGACACUUUAGGCAGUUUUGCCAUGCAGGAUGUUUUGUUACUGUUGAUAAUGUUGUGUCGCAGCUAAACUAGCGUCGUUAUCAACAGCUAGCUGAUGUUAUCGAAUCCAACUUUAUUUGAAGUGCAUUUAGAAUCGCAACACACUUUAAAUUAAAACGAUAAUAGAAGAGCACAGAAAGAACAGGACGUCUAAAAUAAUCACAUAUUAAAAGCUUGGCCAUAAAGGUGGGAUUUAAAAAAAAAAGUGAUUUAAGUAUCUCAAUGGUGUCACACCCCCCCCACCUCUUACCUGACACGGCGAGCUGUUCCACCACUGGGGUGCUUUAAUAGAGAACGCCACGACCCCGCGCCUUGAUUCUGCAUCCAGGAACCGUAAGCAGACUGUCAGAUAAGAGAGGGCCAGUCCAUGCAGUGCCUUAGAAGUUAAGAGCAAGACCUUAGAAUCUGACCUUUAAGAGCAAGACCUUAGAAUCUGACCUUUAAGAGUAAGACCUUAGAAUCUGACCGAUACUUUACAGGCAGCCAGAUAAAACGGGAGUGAUGUCACUGUUGUGUCACUGCUAAGCUAGCUUUGUUAUCAACAGCUAGUCUGAGUAGCAGUCUUCAUUUCUAGCCAAAUGGCACCGUACAAACCUCUUUUUCUUUAACCAGCUUUAAACAGUCAUUUACAGCAUUGCAAAAUGUUCCGCUUACUUCAAACGUGGUACUUAUUUAGUCAAUCUCAGUCUGGGGGACUCAGUCUGGGGGACCUGACCUCUGGGGGACCUGACCUCUGGGGCGGCCCCCCCAUUGAUUUUGUUAGUCAUUCUCACUCAGAUAUCGUAUUAACAUGGCAUAAGUCAAGGCAAAAUGUGUAGAAAUGCAGGAAAUUAGCUUUAAAAUGGCAAAGAAUUCUCUCCAUCCUAUGAAAAUGUGUAGUAUAGCAAGAAAUUUGUUGUAAAACUGCACAUUUUUCUCUCCACCUCGUGGCAAAAUGAGAGUAAUUGCGUGAAAUUAGUUAGAAAAUUGCAAAAUAUUCUCUACGCCUCAUGGCAAAAUGUGUAAAAUUGCAGGAAAUUAACUAAAAUGUCAUUUUUGGUCUCCCCGCCGUCAAGAGGGGAACGUUGAAAUGUUUUGCCCAAUUUUUGCUUAGGGCCCCCAAAAGGCUAGGGUCGGCUAUUUCUAUCACUAUGGAAUACCUUCCCUAUUGCUUGAAGCAGCCAUACAGUGGUCGGGGACAGGUCAGAUGUCAUUGUGUUUAUGUCCUCAGGGGGCGGCCCUGGAGCAAGCUAUCAUCAGCCAGAGACCUCAGCUGGAGAAGCUGGUCGCCACCACCGCCCAUGAGAAGAUGCCCUGGUUCCAUCACACCAUCACACGUGAGGAUUCCGAAUCACGGCUCCAGAUGGGCUCUCGCACCAAUGGCAAAUUUCUGUAAGGGACCAUUUAAAAUUACAAUGGCUGUCCAUCGUAACAUCCCAUGGUUUGCUUUGAAUGGCCAUGGGUAAAGUGUAAGGUGAAAAAAUUGUAUGAACCUGUCAUAAGGGGUAACACCAGUCAACAAGGUUACUUAAAAAACAAUGUGUCAUGGCUGUGUGAAGUCAGUUGGCGUGGCUCUUCAAGUGGUAUGAUCUACUCUUCACUUUGUCAUUCUAUUAGAGAUCCUAACAAAACACUGUGUGAGGAUAUGACAUAGCAGAAAAUGUUAUAUGAUAAAAAACCUUUUGUAGCUACUUUUUCCAAGCCAAUUCUAACAUGUGCAUGUCAGCUCUUAAAGCUUGUAAAAAAAAUAAAAAAAAUAAGCAAAGUAGUGUAGAUUGGCUACACUGAAAAUAAGAUAGAAGACAUACAGGAGAGGUCUUUAGUCUAGACUAUUUAUAGGAAAAUAAGUUUGUGCUGUGAAGCGCCAGCAGUGGCCUAGACUGUAGAGAGAGAUGCAGGCUGCGGUUUCCGUUGUGACAGUUUGCAGAGGACUUCCUGGAGUGACCAAAGAGCUGGGGGAGUGAGAGGAGAGGGAGGGGGAGGGGGGGGGGGGGGGGUUUGACUGCUCUACUUUAUCUCAUGAGAACAUUCUAGAAGGUGGCUCUUUGCGGUAUUUUCCUCAAAGCUACUUCUCAGUGUUCAACGUAUUGAAAAUUGUGCCCUAUUAUUUUAAAUUCCUUUACACAUUUGUAGUCAUAUCCUGAAUUUGAAUUGAUAACAUUUGAAGGAUCUCAACCUUGGUGUAUACAACAAGAGCCUUUCCCUCCACCCUUUCCAUUACUUCAGUGUGUUUCAACAAAUUUGGAUUUAUUUUUAAUUAAAUAUGCAUUUCAUAUUUAAAUAUGUAUUUUUCGUAAACCAUUUAGUGUUAGGAUUCUCAAAUGCAUAGCAAUCGUAAGGAAUUCUGCAAUUACAUUAAAAAAAGGAAUUCCAUGAAACAACGGCUUUUAUUUGUGAAUGUCAUUCAUGGAUGUUGCCAUCUAGUGUUGAUGAUUUACUGUAUAUCAUACAGUGGGGGAAAAAAGUAUUUAGUCAGCCACCAAUUGUGCAAGUUCUCCCACUUAAAAAAAUGAGAGAGGCCUGUAAUUUUCAUCAUAGGUACACGUCAACUAUGACAGACAAAUUGAGAAUUUUUUUCUCCAGAAAAUCACAUUGUAGGAUUUUUAAUUAAUUAAUUUGCAAAUUAUGGUGGAAAAUAAGUAUUUGGUCACCUACAAACAAGCAAGAUUUCUGGCUCUCACAGACCUGUAACGUCUUCUUUAAGAGGCUCCUCUGUCCUCCACUCGUUACCUGUAUUAAUGGCACCUGUUUGAACUUGUUAACAGUAUAAAAGACACCUGUCCACAACCUCAAACAGUCACACUCCAAACUCCACUAUGGCCAAGACCAAAGAGCUGUCAAAGGACACCAGAAACAAAAUUGUAGACCUGCACCAGGCUGGGAAGACUGAAUCUGUAAUAGGUAAGCAGCUUGGUUUGAAGAAAUCAACUGUGGGAGCAAUUAUUAGGAAAUGGAAGACAUACAAGACCACUGAUAAUCUCCCUCGAUCUGGGGCUCCAUGCAAGAUCUCACCCCGUGGGGUCAAAAUGAUCACAAGAACGGUGAGCAAAAAUCCCAGAACCACACGGGGGGACCUAGUGAAUGACCUGCAGAGAGCUGGGACCAAAGUAACAAAGCCUACCAUCAGUAACACACUACGCCGCCAGGGACUCAAAUCCUGCAGUGCAAGACGUGUCCCCCUGCUUAAGCCAGUACAUGUCCAGGCCCGUCUGAAGUUUGCUAGAGUGCAUUUGGAUGAUCCAGAAGAGGAUUGGGAGAAUGUCAUAUGGUCAGAUGAAACCAAAAUAUAACUUUUUGGUAAAAACUCAACUCAUCGUGUUUGGAGGACAAAGAAUGCUGAGUUGCAUCCAAAGAACACCAUACCUACUGUGAAGCAUGGGGGUGGAAACAUUAUGCUUUGGGGCUGUUUUUCUGCAAAGGGACCAGGACGACUGAUCCGUGUAAAGGAAAGAAUGAAUGGGGCCAUGUAUCAUGAGAUUUUGAGUGAAAACCUCCUUCCAUCAGCAAGGGCAUUGAAGAUGAAACGUGGCUGGGUCUUUCAGCAUGACAAUGAUCCCAAACACACCGCCCGGGCAACGAAGGAGUGGCUUCGUAAGAAGCAUUUCAAGGUCCUGGAGUGGCCUAGCCAGUCUCCAGAUCUCAACCCCAUAGAAAAUCUUUGGAGGGAGUUGAAAGUCCGUGUUGCCCAGCGACAGCCCCAAAACAUCACUGCUCUAGAGGAGAUCUGCAUGGAGGAAUGGGCCAAAAUACCAGCAACAGUGUGUGAAAACCUUGUGAAGACUUACAGAAAACGUUUGACCUGUGUCAUUGCCAACAAAGGGUAUAUAACAAAGUAUUGAGAAACUUUUGUUAUUGACCAAAUACUUAUUUUCCACCAUAAUUUGCAAAUAAAUUCAUAAAAAAUCCUACAAUGUGAUUUUCUGGAUUUUUUUUCCUCAUUUUGUCUGUCAUAGGUGACGUGUACCUAUGAUGAAAAUUACAGGCCUCUCUCAUCUUUUUAAGUGGGAGAACUUGCACAAUUGGUGGCUGACUAAAUACUUUUUUUCCCCACUGUAUCUAUUGAAGAAUAUUUGCCCAUCCAACACUGUACUAACCUUGAUGAAAGUUAGUUUACUGUAACUCUAGAACUCUUUCAUUUUACAUAUGUUAGUCACAUUAGCAGAUGCUCUUAUCCAGAGUGACUUACAAUUAGUGCGUUCAUCUUAAGGUAGCUAGGUGAGAGAACCACAUAUCACAGUCGUAUCAGUACAUUUUUCCUCAAUAAAGUAGUUAUCAGAAAGUCAGUGUUAGUAGAAAAAUACAAUUUGGGGGCGCCGUGGGAUUUAUUUAAGAUACUCUUUUGAAGAGGUAGGGUUUGCACAAGCUGCUCCACUGCAGCUUGUGCAUUUUACAUUUUAGUCAUUUAGCAGACGCUCUUAUCCAGAGCGAUUUACAAUUAGUGCAUUCAUCUUAAGAUAGCUAGGUGAGACAACAACACAUCACAAUCAUAUUAAGUGCAUUUUCCUCUCAAAGUAUUUAUCAGCAAAGUCAAUACUAGUGGGAAAAGACACGUUUCUUAAAUAAGUGAGUUAUUUAAGAUAUUCUUCAAAGAGGUAGGGUUUCAGACUUUUUCGGAAGAUGGGCAGGGACUUUGCUGUCCUGACGUUAGGGAGGAGUUUGUUCCACCAUUGGGCUUUUUCCUCAUCUUCCUCCUUAUCUUCAUCUGUGUCUCUUCCAUAUGUCUCCCUCCAGAAUCAGACAGCGGGACCUGAAUGGUUCCUACGCCUUGUGUCUCCUACAUGGGUCUCAGGUCAUGCACUAUCGCAUCGAUAAGGACAAGGCUGGCAAGCUCUCCAUUCCUGAUGGGAAGAAGUUUGACACCCUGUGGCAGGUAAUAUCACAGACUGUAUCAUUAUUUAAGGUCCCACUUUAAACAAACUUCAAUUUAUAGGGGCAGUUUCCCGGACACAGAUUAAGCCUAGUCCUGGAUUAAAACGUUUUAACUCUCUAUUGAAAAUGCUUAGUCCAGAAUUAGGCUUGAUCUGUCUCCAGGAAACCUCCCAAUAAAGGCUAUAAUACAAGCCUUAUAGAGGGGUUUAUGCCUUAUAGGGCUAGAUUCAAUCAGAUUGACAGCCGCACAGCGUUGUUUUGUUGGAGGUUGAACUGCGUAAAGCCUGUCGCAUGCUUCCCAGUCGAAACAGUUUGUGCAUAUAAUAUAUUUAAGCAAUAAGGCCCGAGGAGGUGCCUGGAUACAGCCCUUAGCCAUGGUAUAUUGGCCAUAUAUCACAAACCCCAGAGGUGCCUUAUUGCUAUUAUAAACUGGUUUACCAACGUAAUUAGAGCAGUAAAAAUUAUUGUUUUGUCAUACCCGUGGUAUACGGUCUAAUAUACCACAGCAGUCAGCCAAUCAGCAUUCAGGGCUCGAACCACCCAGUUUAUAUAUAUAUAUAUAUAUAUAUAUAUAUAUAUAUAUAUAUAUAUAUAUAUAUAUAAACUGGGUGGUUCGAGCCCUAAUAUAUAUAUAUAUAUAUUAUGACGGAAUUUUGUGAAGUUUUUGUUUGUUUUGGUGUUCGGCAGAGGCAACCAGGUUUUUGGCAAAAAUGUAAUGGUACUGGCUAAAGUUCAUGAUGCCGUUGACCUUAACAAGAACCCCAGGACGAGUGUAAGCAAAAUGCCCCAAAUACAUCAAAGAUCCACCACCAUAUUUUACAGUACGUAUGGUGUUAUUUUUUGCUCAUGCAUUCACAUUUAAACUCCAAACCUGUCACUGGUGUGCGUGGCCAAAGAGCUCUAUUUUCAUGUCAUAUGACCAUAGCACCGGUUCCAAUCCAAGUGCCAAUGCCGUUCAGCAAACUCCAGGCGUUUAGAUUUGUUGUAUAACAUGAAAAUAGAGCUCUUUGGCCACGCACACCAGCGGUGGGUUUGACGUCGAAAUGAGACUGCAUGAGCAGAAAAGAGCCCCAUACCUACUGUAAAAUAUGGCGGUGGAUGUUUGAUGUGCCGUUAUCUUCGCAAGGUGAAGUAUUGAAAACAGGGGUGUCAAUCAUUUUUACACCUACCUUUAAAAAAUUUUUUUAUUACUUGUUAAACAAAAUAUAUUUCUCUGAGCAAUUGUAUUAGCAUAAAAUAAUAUACCAUUUUUUUUGGAGCAUAUAAUAUAGCUCAGUAUUUAAAUUAUUUUAUGCAGUCAUUUUUGCUCAUCUUUAUCAAGGGACUCAAUCAUUUCGGACCCCACUGUACUAUGUUGAACUAAGCAAAACCAGACAAUGAAUGACCUAUCAAUGAAGAGUAUCUACACAUUCCUAUUUGGCCCAAAGUACCUGUUAUAAACUGGGUGGUUCGAGCCCUGAAUGCUGAUUGGCUGACAGCCGUGGUAUAUCAGACCGUAUACCACCUGUAUGACAAAACAUUUAUUUCUACUGCUCUAAUUACGUUGGUAAUCAGUUUAUAACAGCAAUACGGCACCUCGGGGGGUUUGCGUCGUUCCUAAGAGACCCUGACUCCUGCUUUCUCUUCUAGCUGGUGGAGCAUUACUCCUACAAGCCAGACGGGCUGCUCCGCGUACUGACUGACGCUUGUCCACGACCCGAGGGCGAUGGCAUUGGUACACACUUCUACACACAAGUAGUAAAAACAGACAGAGCUGUUAUGUGGAAAUAUGGAUGGGAUAGAUAGAUACUGUAGACAGACAGACAGACAGACAGACAGACAGGGAGACAGGGAGACAAACAUGUUUAAUAAUUGAUACAUAAGUAGAUGCAUAAAUGGAUGUAUACUACAUUUACAUUUUACAUUUUAGUCAUUUAGCAGACGCUCUUAUCCAGAGCGACUUACAGGAGCAAUUAGGGUUAAGUGCCUUGCUCAAGGGCACAUCGACAGAUUUUUCACCUAGUCGGCUCGGGGAUAGAUAGAUAGAGUAAUAGAUGAAUGUAUAAUAGAUGGAUGCAUAGACAGCGUAUAGAGCAGUAAUUAUACUGUGUAUGUUUCCAUGACUAUGGAUGUGAACGUAUCUGACUGUUUUCAUUGUGCAGGUGGUUUUGGACGACCGGGGUAUAAUAAUGUAAGUGUUCCUCCGCUUCACUUGUGUUUCCUGUUCUGCUCUGUCUUGCUGUGUGUGUGUGUGUGUGUGUGUGUGUGUGUGUGUGUGUGUGUGUGUAAUCAUUGACAAAUCAAGAGAAACAUAUAUCAGUAGGCACGCUACACAUUGUCAUAAACUACACCAACCAGGUUUGACAUCCAGUCUUAUGAGAAAACAGUCUUUUUCCAAUUAUUUUGAAUCACAAGUAUGAAGAGCAAACACGGAAACAGUAUUUUUCAAUACGCAAUGUCAUUUAAAAUGUGCCCGCAAACACACACACAGUUUAUACGGUGUGUACUUGUGGAUAGCACUGGCAUAUUGACACAAAUAACAUGAACCCUCUACUUCCACUAUAUAAUACCCUCUACUUCACUAUAUAAUACUGACAUAUUACACAUCAUUUACAGUACCUCCUUAUUACAGUGCGUUCAGAAAGUAUUCACACCCCUUGACUUUUUCCUAAUUUUGUUGUGUUAAAAAGCGGGAUUAAAAUGGAUUUAAUUGUCAUUUUUUUUGUCAACGAUCUACACAAAAUACUGUAAUGUCAAAGUGGAACAAAAGUUCUAUACUUUUUUUAUUUUUUAUUAAUGGAAAAUAAAACAACCCCUGAGUCAAUACAUGUUAGAAUCACCUUUGGCAGCGAUUACAGCUGAGAGUCUUUCUGGGUAAGUCUCUAAGAGCUUUGCACACCUGGAUUGUACAAUAUUUGCCCAUUAUUCUUUAAAACAUUCAAGCAUUGUUUGAAGAGUUGGUUGAUCUUUGCUAGACAGCCAUUUUCAAGUCUUGCCAUAGAUUUUCAAGCCGAUUUAAGUCAAAACUGUAACUAGGCCACUCAGGAACAUUCAAUAUUGUCUUGAUAAGCAACUCCAGCGUAUAUAUCUAUAUAUAUAUAUAUAUAUAUAUAUAUAUAUAUAUAUAUAUAUAUAUAUAUACACUGCUCAAAAAAAAUAAAGGGAACACUAAAAUAACACAUCCUAGAUCUGAAUGAAUGAAAUCAUCUUAUUAAAUACUUUUUUCUUUACAUAGUUGAAUGUGCUGACAACAAAAUCACACAAAAAUUAGCAAUGGAAAUCAAAUGUAUCAACCCAUGGAGGUCUGGAUUUGGAGUCACCCUCAAAAUUAAAGUGGAAAACCACACUACAGGCUGAUCCAACUUUGAUGUAAUGUCCUUAAAACAAGUCAAAAUGAGGCUCAGUAGUGUGUGUGGCCUCCACGUGCCUGUAUGACCUCCCUACAACGCCUGGGCAUGCUCCUGAUGAGGUGGCGGAUGGUCUCCUGAGGGAUCUCCUCCCAGACCUGGACUAAAGCAUCCGCCAACUCCUGGACAGUCUGUGGUGCAAUGUGGCGUUGGUGGAUGGAGCGAGACAUGAUGUCCCAGAUGUGCUCAAUUGGAUUCAGGUCUGGGGAACGGGCAGGCCAGUCCAUAGCAUCAAUGCCUUCCUCUUGCAGGAACUGCUGACACACUCCAGCCACAUGAGGUCUAGCAUUGUCUUGCAUUAGGAGGAACCCAGGGCCAACCGCACCAGCAUAUGGUCUCACAAGGGGUCUGAGGAUCUCAUCUCGGUACCUAAUGGCAGUCAGGCUACCUCUGGCGAGCACAUGGAGGGCUGUGCGGCCCCCCAAAGAAAUGCCACCCCACACCAUGACUGACCCACCGCCAAACCGGUUCUCCACGGCGUCUCCAGACUCUGUCACGUCUGUCACGUGCUCAGUGUGAACCUGCUUUCAUCUGUGAAGAGCACAGGGUGCCAGUGGCGAAUUUGCCAAUAUUGGUGUUCUCUGGCGAAUGCGAAACGUCCUGCACAGUGUUGGGUUGUAAGCACAACCCCCACCUGUGGACGUCGGGCCCUCAUACCACCCUCAUGGAGUCUGUUUCUGACCGUUUGAGCAGACACAUGCACAUUUGUGGCCUGCUGGAGGUCAUUUUGCAGGGCUCUGGCAGUGCUCCUCCUGCUCCUCCUUGCACAAAGGCGGAGGUAGCAGUCCUGCUGCUGGGUUCUUGCCCUCUUACGGCCUCCUCCACGUCUCCUGGUGUACUGGCCUGUCUCCUGGUAGCGCCUCCAUGCUCUGGACACUACGCUGACAGACACAGCAAACCUUCUUGCCACAGCUCGCAUUGAUGUGCCAUCCUGGAUGAGCUGCACUACCUGAGCCACUUGUGUGGGUUGUAGACUCUGUCUCAUGCUACCACUAGAGUGAAAGCACCGCCAGCAUUCAAAAGUGACCAAAACAUCAGCCAGGAAGCAUAGGAACUGAGAAGUGGUCUGUGGUCACCACCUGCAAAACCAGUCCUUUAUUGGGGGUGUCUUGCUAAUUGCCUAUAAUUUCCACCUGUUGUCUAUUCCAUUUGCACAACAGCAUGUGAAAUGUAUUGUCAAUCAGCGUUGCUUCCUAAGUGGACAGUUUGAUUUCACAGAAGUGUGAUUGACUUGGAGUUACAUUGUGUUGUUUAAGUGUUCCCUUUAUUUUUUUGAGCAGUGUAUAUAUAUAUAUAUACACUACCGUUCAAAAGUUUGGGGUCACUUAGAAAACACCAGUCUCGACGUCAACAGUGAAGAGGCGACUCUGGGAUGCUGACCUUCUAGGCAGAGUUGCAAAGAAAAAGCCAUAUCUCAGACUGGCCAAUAAAAAUAAAAUAUUAAGAUGGGCAGUCUGAGAUAUGGCUUUUUCUUUGCAACUCUGCCUAGAAGGUCAGCAUCCCGGAGUCACCUCUUCACUGUUGACGUUGAGACUGGUGUUUUGCGGGUACUAUUUAAUGAAGCUGCCAGUUGAGGACCUGUGAGGCGUCUGUUUCUCAGUUGUGCACCGGUGCCUCCCACUCCUCUUUCUAUUCUGGUUAGAGCCAGUUUGCGCUGUUCUGUGAAGGGAGUAGUACACAGCGUUCUACGAGAUCUUCAGUUUCUUGGCAAUUUCUUGCAUGGAAUAGCCUUCAUUUCUCAGAACAAGAAUAGACUGACGAGUUUCAGAAGAAAGUUCUUUGUUUCUGGCCAUUUUGAGCCUGUAAUCGAACCCACAAUUGCUGAUGCUCCAGAUACUCAACUAGUCUCAAGAAGGCCAGUUUAAUUGCUUCUUUAAUCAGCACAACAGUUUUCAGCUUUGCUAACAUAAUUGCAAAAGGGUUUUCAAAUUAUCAAUUAGCCUUUUAAAAUGAUAAACUUGGAUUAGCAAACACAACGUGCCAUUGGAACACAGGACUGAUGGUUGCUGAUAAUGGGCCUCUGUACGCCUAUGUAGAUAUUCCAUUAAAAAUCAGCCGUUUCCAGCUACAAUAGCCAUUUACAACAUUAACAAUGUCUACACUGUAUUUCUGAUCAAUUUUAUUUUAUUUUAAAUGGACAAAAAAAUAGCUUUUCUUUCGAAAACAAGGACAUUUCUAAGUGACCCCAAUGGUAGUGGAUAUAUAUAUGUGUAUAUAUAUAUAUAUAUAUAUAUAUAUAUAUACUAUAUAAACACCGCUCUAGCUCUGCCACCUUUCACAGCAGAUGUGGAAGUGUGACAUUGGUGGAUGCGUUGGAUUGAGACACAUCCUGAUGGAUUGAGACACAUCCUCAUGGAUUGAGACACAUCCUGAUGGAUUGAGACACAUCCUGAUGGAUUUUGAAGGGGAUUAUUUUAUUCUGUUUCGGUGCGUCAAUCGACUCUAGGGGUUUUUAAACACUAUUAUUGCACACAGAGUGAGUCCAUGCAACUCAUUAUGAGACUUGUUAAGCACAUUUUUACUCCUGAACUUAUUUAGGCUUGUUUAGACAUUUCAGCUUUUCAUUUCUAAAACGUAAUUCCACUUUGACAUUAUGGGAUAUUGCAUGUAGAUCAGUGAGACAAAAUCUCAAUUCAAUCCAAUUUUUAAUUCAGGCUGUAAUACAACAAAAUGUGGAAAAAGUCAAGGGGUGUGAAUACUUUCUGAAGGCACUAUAUCUCAGGCCUAUGAGCUUUUUGUGCAUCAAUUUGGUGUUUGGUCUAGUGUUCAAUAAUACAGAAUGUUUUUUUAAAAAUAUAUCUUUAUUGCCUUUAUCAAACAAGCACACAUCCUAUCAAAUACAGUUUUCACAUUAACAUUUUCACACAGUACUGUACUUCAUGAUAAAAUACUGAGAAGAAGUUUCCCAAAUGCUCACCUUCCCUCAUCUUUGUGAAAUACCUAAAGGGGGAUGUUCAGGGUUUUACAACUUGAUUCUAGAUGGUUCCUCACCCUGAAAGUAUUCUAUGGGCCAGGAGAACUGUAAUCCCUGGUUCGGUUUUCUUUAAACAGCCUAAAAUCCCCAGAAGGAAGUUCAACUGCACAUUCAGCACACACAACAUUCUAUAAUCGAAUGAUUGAAUGAAUCACAGCUGUUUGUGUUGCCUGUAGCAUAGACAUACCUUGAACCGGGAACUCAGGAAGGAACACUCCCCCAAUAUUGACCAAAGACCCAAACGGCGUUCCAUAGUAAAUAGCCAUGUCUUUGCCUUGCAUGAGAGCACUUUCAUUAAAAACCUAAUGAGUUUCGUUUGGUUUCACCCAGUAAACACUGUAUAAAUUAUAACAUUACUUAAAAAUGUGCUUGAAUGUGAAACUGUAACAAUACUUUUCCCCCCACAGUGCAGGUUCCACAGUGCAGAUUUGAUUGAAUUCCAACCCGGUCUUUAAUGAUCAAAUAUUACAGAAAUGCAUGGAAAAUGAAAAAGGAAUGCUUCUGAUGAGAAUAAGUGUUUCAGCGUCACACCUUUAGUUCAGAUUGUGAGCUAACAUUUUCCCCUUAACUAAACAACAGACUUUAAUAACCAUUUCCCUUAAUAACAUGACCCUCUCUGAAACUGUGGUUUCUAGCUAUUGGAGGCAGCAGGUGGAAUGCUCUCCAGGCUCAAAUCCUACUCCAUACCCAUACCUGGCCGAAAAAAGGUGCCCCAACACACCCUCCUCCCUCCUCUUAACCCCCACAGUGGUUACAGUAGGCCUCGUGCAUCCCCCAACCCUUAACACUCAAAAAGUGUGAUUUUGCUAAAGUGUGGAUUGCUACAUACUAACACCCCUCUGAAACUUACCUGCACUCUUUCCUCCAUUCAUAUCCCCCUCACAUUCCCCCAAGAAAUGAAAGGUUGGAAUAGACGACCUUAGAAAUGUAACCAAUUGAAUGUGGCCGACUAACUUAGAGCUCAAUUAAAUCCGUAUCGCGGAAGUUCUGCGCUAUAGCGCGAUUGAAAUUUAAAGGUAAUUUCCGAUUGAGCCGGCGUAUGUGGUCCUCUGUAGCUCAGCUGGUAGAGCACGGCGCUUGUAACGCCAAGGUAGUGGGUUCGAUCCCCGGGACCACCCAUACAUAAAAGAAAAUGUAUGCACGCAUGACUGUAAGUCGCUUUGGAUAAAAGCGUCUGCUAAAUGGCAUAUUAUAUUAUAUGCAGUGUUUACCAUGAAUGCAGUCUCCACGAACCUUAUAGCGCUGAACUUCCGCGAUACAGAUUUAAUCAAGCCCUUAAAGGGACAGUCCGCAUGAUUGACAUCAUCAUACACGACAGGUCUUACUACAUACAAACUAACAUCUUCCUAAUGUGGAAAUGGGAGAGCGCAAAUUGUGAAGACCCAUUAAUGGUAGUCUUGUCAGAUUUGAAUUGUGACUAUGUUGUUGUCUGUAAGUAGGAAGUCACCUUGGUGUGAAUGAUGUCAUCUUGAUGAGUGUACCUUUAAUAUAGUAUCACUGCGCUACAUGAUUUUGAGAAAGGCCCAUAAUAAUAAAUCAACGAAUGAAUCAACAAUGCAAUAUGUUCAGACAACAUUUGGAAUUUCACGCUUAUGAUUUAAAAAGUGAAAUAAAAAUGACAAUUGACUCGUAGAAUUACUUCCGGUUGAUGUUCAUUUUACGUUGAUUAUUCAUCAUGAUCUCAAACUGUGAGAAUUAAUUAUGUCUUUCUUGACAAGAACAUUAUAAUUUAAUAUAAUUCACAGUUUAUAAAGUGAUGCAAUUAUCCUUUAUCCAAAGAUCUUUACUCUUUUGAAAUUCUGUUUUAACAUUUAAUCAUUGAGAACUGGCCUGAGUCAAACAGACAUCAUUACAGUCUAUUAGAACUUUUACACCACCUAGAGAUCACUUUGGUGAAUUACAAAACCCUUCUGAAAACAUUGAAGUCUCAUAGUACUCUGUAGUCUCUUGUUUAUAAUUGCAGAAAAAUUAGAUAUUGUUUCCAUAGAGAUUAAGUUGUGAGGAAGUGAACCAGUUCAGUUGUUGGUGUUCAGUCCCAUGGGAUUACAUUUCUCAAGUGGUAGUUAAGCUAAGGAACGCUUCCUAAUCUAGGCAUGCCAUGCCUUAAAGCAGGGGUAAGGGACAAAUGGUCAGUGAGCCAUUUGGUGCCCGAUUCAUGUCUGAAACCAGCCCACAAGAGAGUUAAGUCUACUGUAAUUAAUGCGGUUUGGCUGCAGACUUUUUUAGGCUGCAAUACUGGCUCUUGGUUACAUUUGUUCCCUAUCCCUCCUUCAAAUGCAUGUAUUUAAAGUUCCUGACAUCUGCCCUUGGUUUUCCCUUUUACCUUCUGCGUGAAUCAUUCAUUCCGUUUUACUUUUUUUGUUGUUGUUGAUGCAGUCUCUUCUCCUUCAUGGAUUCCCUUGUAUUGCAGUGACCUGCACACUGAGACACAAAUCAAUGAAAAAAAUGUAUUCAGUUGUAUAUCUACAUUGUAGGUCUACAUUGAUAUAAACAAGCCUGGCUACCCAAACUCCUUGCUCUGGCCAAACACUAGGCCACGUCCACGGACGUUAGUUUCUUCUCCGCAAUGAGUCUGGAUCUGAGUACCUCCCCAACGAUUUCUAGAACGCAAAAACACAUUCUAACCGUUCUGAUUGGUCCCAGAAACCGAUGGGUUGGGCCAGAGCCUGAACACACGUGGCAGCUUUUUGAAAAUUCGUCAUUGGCUUUGAUACUCUGAUUGGUUAGAGACGAUCCAAUCACUGACUUUGUUUUGUACAACAACCCCUCAUUUUGACGUCACCGCAAAAUGACUUCAACGAUAGUAGUGAGUAUGUAGCGAACAUAGAGCAGCGGAGAUAAUGAUGUUUGAGUCAUCAGGCAACAUGUGACACGAUGUACCUUAAGACUAUUUUGUGACAGUAGCUUUUCUUCACAUUCACAGCAUACUACUUGAGUCAAGGAUGUCACUAGGAGAAAGAUGUCUAAUUUAGGAGUACACACAUUUGAAUUAGCGUUUUAACUCCAUUUGGAAAACCAAAUUGAAAUGAGAGAAACAUGUUUGUGUUUUUACUGGAUAGUAAUCUCCAGUGACCCCCCCCCCCCCCCCCCCCCACCCCUACCUUUCACCUUUAAUCAAUCACCUGAUGACGUCAUCUACAGUGAGAUGUUUGAAUUUGGAGAAGAAAUAUGGCUUUCAUGCACAGCCAAAAAAGUGAUUCAAAGUAUUCUGAAGGUGACAAACAACAACCAAACAAUGUGAAGCCCCCAUUUAAAGUCCACACAAAUUGCAACCUAAUCAACAGUGGUGUAUUUUGAUCACUGAAAUAAGUGUACCAUGAAGGAGACAGAGAUUGGUGUUCUGCUUGAGAAGGUCAUGGGGCGUUUAUGCUUUUGUGUCAAUCAAUCAACCAACUAAUCAAACCAUUUCAGUUAACAUUCCGGCAGUGUUCUCUCCAAAUUAUCUAUGUACCAUCAAUAUUAUUUGUACCUUGACCCCUCUCUUAUUGUAUCCGGUAAUAGGGCAGGGUCAACUCUCUCAGCAAAACCACAGAUAAUCUCAACCCUUAUGACACCAGGGCUUCAAAUAAUAUGGUCAGCAAAGGUGAGUGAUGGGAGGGGUCAUAACCCUUGAGACAAAUCCUGUUUGGAGUGGCCCACUCUUAUAUAUUUUGAUGUACUGAUGCAGCCCAAAGUUGUAUUGAAUUUUAAUUGAAUCGAAAUUGAUGUUAUCACACCGUAUGGGGUGUGUGUCCUGUCUCAAACAGAGUGCAUGCCAAUGGACACAGAGGUGUACGAGAGUCCAUAUGCUGACCCAGACGAGCUGAGGACCUCCACUGUGGACCGCAAACAGCUCUUCCUGGAAGAUGGAGAGUUGGGCUCUGGGAACUUUGGAACUGUGAUGAGGGGCAUGUACAAAAUGAGGAAGUAUGUCAACUUCACAGCUUAAAAAUGAAAAUAUGAAUUUCUGUUUCUAAUUACAUAUUCUUAAAAAAAAAAUGAAAGGGAUAGUCCACAAAAAAAUCCAACCUAAUAUGAUUCUGAUUAAUAAUAUUUCCCAUACGUAGAAUAGACACCACUGCUAAGUCAACCGUCGAUACCACUAAACCAGCUGUUAUAGUUCAGCGACAACAAUUACAUCAUGUCUUCAUGCGGGUGAUGUCACUGCAUAAGACUAAGCUAGCUAAGGUUAGCUGACCUCCGCUGCAGUAGCAUCUGGUAGCUAAUUGAACGUUAAUAAGAGUUCAAAAUGUCCAGUGUUUCUGUGUUCACAUUUAGACAUCUUUAGACAUUCAGAAUGAGGGCAAUUACAAAAAUAGAUUUUUUUAAAUGUUAUAUACACUGUAUAUGUAUAUAUGUUACAACUUCCCCCGGUCUCCCUUUUCUAAUAGUGAGCGCCCAACUUUCAAAACAUUUCCCCCACUCUUCCCUUACAGCAAAUCAAUGAAAUUCUGACGAGCGAUAAGUUUGAGAAUAUUUUUCAAUGAAAGUAAAGGACAGUAAUGAUACCAGUAAAAUAGGAGGCCAAGGUUUCAAUAGGCAAAAAGAUAUUCAUGUGUCAUCAAAGGAGUGUGGGUAUUUGGCCUGGCAAAGCGAUUUUAUGCUCUGACUGACUCCUCUGGUUUUGUCUGGUCUCGGAAAAUGAUGAGUCCUCAUUGUCCGAGGCUGAGUUAAGACCAAGUAAAAAUGUAUCCGACACCAAGACAAGACCGAGACACUCAAUAUGUGGUCUUGAGAAUGGACUGUAGAUUGGCCUACAACACUGCUAGGAUGCUGCAGCAGAGGUCAGACAGCUAGAAAGCAUCACAAAUUGGUGAAAUAACCUGAAAUGAUUGAUGCCACUAAUAGCAUCCCUCCCUGUCAAAAUAAAAGUAAAGAAAAAAAUUACUCAACUAUAACUGCUCAACUUUUCUGUAACAGUUACCAUUUCAGUUAGUUAUAAAGUAGCUAGCUUCAAAUUCAAGUUUAGACUUUGUCCCAGAGGGAAAUUGGUUUUGCAUCAAGGAGCACAUAAAAAAAAAAUAUACAUGAAUCACAAUGAUACUGAAUACAAAGGAACUACAUACAAUGCUAGUGCAUCAGGCAUGGGAGCCAUCAAAAUACUGUAAAUAUAACAAUACUAAUUAUCGACAUUACAGCAACAAUAGUCCAAAGUUACAUAGAAGGUAAGUAAAGUGCACAGUGCAACAUUCUCAAAAACAUCACGUCAACAUCAUCGUUCAAAAUAUGCUGACCAUAAGCUUUGCACUGAGCAGUGACAUCACCUUCAUCUCUCCAUUACCCCAGGACAGAGAAGCCGGUGGCAGUGAAGAUCCUGAAGAACGAUGACAACAACCCGGCAGUGAAGGAGGAGAUGCUGCGGGAAGCCAACGUCAUGCAGCAGCUGGACAACCCGUACAUCGUCCGCAUGAUCGGCAUCUGCGAGGCCGAGAGCCUCAUGCUGGUCAUGGAGCUGGCCGAACUGGGGCCACUCCACAAGUACCUCCAGAGGCACAAGUACGUUCCCUUCCCUCAGUCAGUCUCUCUCUUCGGUAGUACAGCCCUCAGUCUCACAAUUAUGGUGUAAGGCCAAAUCCCAAACCUACGCCCCUUAAACAUUUUUAAAGAAUCCAAACUGAGUUCGCACACCUGUGUUCUAGAAUGUCUAUUGGCAUUCAUACUUUUUUCGAAUUCUCACCCGCGGCUCAAUUAUUUAUCCGUCAUCACAUUUACGUAGUUGAAUGGCAGCAUUUUCGGGAGGUGCACGGUCAGGCUGUUCAACCCCGGCAGACGGUGGUCGCAGAGCUGCGUAGCUACUGUAUGUCACAAUGGGCCACAGGACUCUGGAUCACGUCUCAGCCUCCUGGGCUAGCACCCUGUACAGCAAUAUGGCGGAAGGUGACCUCUUACUUAAGCAACGUUAACAUUUAUGCGACGCUGGCUAAAUGGAGAAGCUGUCCAGCGAACAAGUGAUAUUUGAUUUUGGGUUCUAAGGGAUUACUUCCUUCGCUGACCCUUAAAACCCCAAAACCAAAAUCUUCAUCUCAGCGCUACACACAGGGGUGUCAAACUCAUUCCAUGGAGGGCCUAGUGUCUGCUAGUUUUAGUUUUUUCCCUUUCAAUUUGUGUCCAAUUAAGACCUAGACAACCAGGUGAGGGGAGUUCCUAACUCAUCAAUUAAGACCUAGACAACCAGGUGAGGGGAGUUCCUAACUCAUCAAUUAAGACCUAGACAACCAGGUGAGGGGAGUUCCUAACUCAUCAAUUAAGACCUAGACAACCAGGUGAGGGGAGUUCCUAACUCAUCAAUUAAGUCCUAGACAACCAGGUGAGGGGAGUUCCUAACUCAUCAAUUAAGACCUAGACAACCAGGUGAGGGGAGUUCCUAACUCAUCAAUUAAGACCUAGACAACCAGGUGAGGGGAGUUCCUAACUCAUCAGGGACCUUAAUUGAGCAAUCAAGUACAAGGGAGGAGCGAAAAGCUGCAGACACUCGGUCCUUGAGGACUGGAGUUUGACACCUGAGAUACAGUAUAAUGCGGUGUUCAGUGUCACUUACAGCCAUUGUUCCUGUCCACAGACAGAUCUCCAUUAAGAACAUCACAGAACUGGUGCACCAGGUUGCUAUGGGCAUGAAAUACCUGGAGGAGCACAACUUUGUGCACAGGGACCUUGCGGCCAGGAACGUCCUGCUGGUCACCCAGCACUAUGCCAAGAUCAGCGACUUUGGCCUGUCCAAGGCUCUCACAGAGGAGGAGAACUACUAUAAGGUAUUCCAAUUCAGAUAUAAUUAUUGUUGCGCCUGGUGACCCCCUGGUGACCCCCUGGUGACAGGGGUUUGAAUCUCAGUUCUGACUGUCUGUGCCUAAUCUUCUAAUGUCUAUCGCCGAUUUUACUUCUAAUUGUCCUGUCAUAAAAAUCUAUCAAAUAUGGUAUGAAAGGAGUUUGGAACUCCUAAAAAGUUAUCCUAAAAAAAGGAAAUGAUUAUCACGUCAACUGAGUUUUGACCUUUAGUGAACUAUAGGAAAUCUCUAUUGAACCUUUAUUUAUCCAGAUAAAAUAACUUUUGAAGAGAGACUGUCCAAAAUGACAGCAGGGUAAACACUUCUACAGUAAUGUGGGUUAUCUCAGAUGUCCUUAUAGGUCCAAUGCAGCCUCUUUUAUCUCAAUAUGAAAUAAUUUCUGAGUAACAAGUAGGUACCUUACUGUCAUUGUUUUGAAUCAAAAUGGUCAAAAAUAAACAAAAAUAGCUUCUUAGCAAAGAGCAUUUUCUCAAGCAAGAUUUUUGCUAGGACUGUCUGGGAGUGGUCUGAGUGGGGAGGGGGAAAAUGAAAAAUAGUUGUAAUUGGCAGAGAGGUUUGGAACUCUUUCUUAUUGGUCUAUUAACUAAUUGACCACCUGGUGAUGUCACCAGGCAGGCCAAAACUCCCUCCCAGGCUGACAUUUCAGGCGGUCUUUUCAAACAGCUCUUACACUAAAAAAGGGGCAUUAUAUCAUUUUCACAAUCUCACAGUAUUAUUCCAAACUCAUUGUGUGGAAAUGUAUAUAAAACACAGGACAUCUUCCUUUUAAUUUCCUCGUCUCCUUUGCAUCAUAAACACUGUACUGAGAGGACAUGAUAGGUAGGAAAGCAACAGAGUGAAUCCUGUCCAUUCGUUUCUCCACACAGUGGUCAUGAAGCAGAGGCGACAAGGAAUGGAGGACUUAAAAGAGUAUUAAGACAAAACCAGACAGGUCUACGUCACCCUAGGCUUUGUCCUGAUUCUCUACGCUUCUCCCAGAAGUGUGCACGUACACACUCCCAGUCAGGGAUUUAACAAUGGUGGAAACUUCCUUCAGCCAAUGCUUACACCAAUCCAAUGCUGUCGAAUCCAUGAGUUGGAGGGUGCAAGUGCACUUUGGGGAGAAGUGUGGGGAAUUGGGAUGCAGCCACUGCUAAUCAUGUAAUUACCAGUAGCACCGCUAGAUGAUGACGAUGUUUAGUCAGGUUUGGACUAGGUUUUCAGAAAGACAGGAAGUCACAGCCAAUGUCAGUUAGACAAAUCGUACUCUAUUCCCUACAAUUCACUGAGAGAUCUGAAAAAGUAUAUAUAAAAUAUAAGUACUAUGGCAUGAAUUACUUAGGUAUACUCUAAGUAAGUAUAUAAAUAAGUACCACCCCCUGACAGUGAGCUAUUGCCACAGUAGUGCUUUACAGAGUAUAUAUAAUGCCCUGUUGUUUGCUUCGACCCUGCUCUCUAGGGUUAGGGUUAAUCCAUUCCCUGUUGUUUGCUUCGACCCUGCUCUCUAGGGUUAGGGUUAAUCCAUUCCCUGUUGUUUGCUUCGACCCUGCUCUCUAGGGUUAGGGUUAAUCCAUUCCCUGUUGUUUGCUUCGACCCUGCUCUCUAGGGUUAGGGUUAAUCCAUUCCCUGUUGUUUGCUUCGACCCUGCUCUCUAGGGUUAGGGUUAAUCCAUUCCCUGUUGUUUGCUUCGACCCUGCUCUCUAGGGUUAGGGUUAAUCCAUUCCCUGUUGUUUGCUUCGACCCUGCUCUCUAGGCAAAAGGCCAUGGGAAGUGGCCAGUGAAAUGGUACGCCCCAGAGUGUAUGAACUAUUUCAAGUUCUCCUGUAAGAGUGACGUGUGGAGCUUUGGGGUCCUGAUGUGGGAGGCAUACACGCUAGGGAUGAAACCAUACAAGGUACAGUAUUUCACCAUACAAGGUACAGUAUGUCACUCAUGCUCCAAAAAUGUACCUAGUACAUUGGUUGUUACUGUAUUUAAAUCAUUUUCGAAAAGUGUGCUUUAAGAAUCAUGCUUUGACAAUCGUCUAACCCCAGAUUAGUUGAAGCAGGCAUGCUAGUAGAUCUACUGUGCUGGAACAAAAGCCUGCACCCCCUGUGAGUCUCCAGGAGUAGGAUGAAAGAAUUCCGUUUUUUUUACUGAGUGUACAAAACAUUAAGAACUGCUCUUUCCAUGACAUAGACUGACCCAGGUGAAUACAGGUGAAAGCUAUGAUCCCUUAUUGAUGUCACUUGUUACAGUGAGUGAAAAAAGUAUUUGAUCCCCUGCUGAUUUUGUACGUUUGCCCACUGACAAAGACAUGAUCAGUCUAUAAUUUUAAUGGUAGGUUUAUUUGAACAGUGAGAGACAGAAUAACAACAACAAAAUCCAGAAAAACGCAUGUAAAAAAAUUUAUGAAUUGAUUUGCAUUUUAAUGAGGGAAAUAAGUAUUUGACCCCUCUGCAAAACAUGACUUAGUACUUGGUGGCAAAACCCUUGUUGGCAAUCAGAGGUCAGAUGUUUCUUGUAGUUGGCCACCAGGUUUGCACACAUCUCAGGAGGGAUUUUGUUCCACUCCUCUUUGCAGAUCUUCUCCAAGUCAUUAAGGUUUCGAGGCUGACGUUUGGCAACUCGAACCUUCAGCUCCCUCCACAGAUUUUCUAUGGGAUUAAGGUCUGGAGACUGGCUAGGCCACUCCAGGACCUUAAUGUGCUUCUUCUUGAGCCGCUCCUUUGUUGCCUUGGUCGUGUGUUUUGGGUCAUUGUCAUGCUGGAAUACCCAUCCACAACCCAUUUUCAAUGCCCUGGCUGAGGGAAGGAGGUUCUCACCCAAGAUUUGACAGUACAUGGCCCCGUCCAUCGUCCCUUUGAUGCGGUGAAGUUGUCCUGUCCCCAUAGCAGAAAAACACCCCCAAAACAUAAUGUUUCCACCUCCAUGUUUGACGGUGGGGAUGGUGUUCUUGGGGUCAUAGGCAGCAUUCCUCCUCCUCCAAACACGGCGAGUUGAGUUGAUGCCAAAGAGCUCCAUUCUGGUCUCAUCUGACCACAACACUUUCACCCAGUUCUCCUCUGAAUCAUUCAGAUGUUCAUUGGCAAACUUCAGACAGCCCUGUAUAUGUGCUUUCUUGAGCAGGGAGACCUUGCGGGCGCUGCAGGAUUUCAGUCCUUCACGGCUUAGUGUGUUACCAAUUGUUUUCUUGGUGACUAUGGUCCCAGCUGCCUUGAGAUCAUUGACAAGAUCCUCCCGUGUAGUUCUGGGCUGAUUCCUCACCGUUCUCAUGAUCAUUGCAACUCCACAAGGUGAGAUCUUGCAUGGAGCCCCAGGCUGAGGGAGAUUGACAGUUCUUUUGUGUUUCUUCCAUUUGCGAAUAAUCGCACCAACUGUUGUCACCUUCUCACCAAGCUGCUUGGCGAUGGUCUUGUAGCCCAUUCCAGCCUUGUAUAGGUCUACAAUCUUGUCCCUGACAUCCUUGGAGAGCUCUUUGGUCUUGGCCAUGGUGGAGAGUUUGGAAUCUGAUUGAUUGAUUGCUUCUGUGGACAGGUGUCUUUUAUAGAGGUAACAAGCUAAGAUUAGGAGCACUCCCUUUAAGAGUGUGCUCCUAAUCUCAGCUCGUUACCUGUAUAAAAGACACCUGGGAGCCAGAAACCUUUCUGAUUGAGAGGGGGUCAAAUACUUAUUUCCCUCAUUAAAAUGCAAAUCAAUUUAUAACAUUUUUGACAUGCGUUUUUCUGGAUUUUUUUGUUGUUAUUCUGUCUCUCACUGUUCAAAUAAACCUACCAUUAAAAUUAUAGACUGAUAAUUUCUUUGUCAGUGGGCAAACGUACAAAAUCAGCAGGGGAUCAAAUACUUUUUUUCCCUCACCGUAAAUCCACUUCAAUCAGUGUAGAUGAAGGGGAGGAGACAGGUUAAAGAAUGAUUUUUAAGCCUUGAGACAACUGAGACAUGGAUUGUGUAUGUGUGCCAUUCAGAGGGUGAAUGGGCAGGACAAAAUAUGUAAGUGCCUUUGAACGGGGUAUGGUAGUGGUGCCAGGCGCGCCGGUUUGUGUCAAGAACUGCAACGCUGCUGGGUUUUUCACGCUCAACAGUUUCCCGUGUGUAUCAAGAAUGGUCAUCCAGCCAACUUGACACAAGCAUUUGAGUCAACAUGGGCCAGCAUCCCUUCGGAAAGCUUUCAACACCUUGUAGUGUCCAUGCCCCGACGAAUUGAGGCUGUUCUGAAGGCCAAAGGAAGGGGGAUUGGGGGUGGGGGUGAAACUCAAUAUUAGGAAGGUGUUCUUAAUGUUUUGUACACUCAGUGUAUACAGGGAGUACAAUGCAUCCUUUGGCCUUUAUUUGACAUAAUGACACAUUAAGUGAUGGCUUAUCUAAUAGUCUAAGUCUGAGUCUCAGUCAAAGCACUUUUGCAAUGUCUGGCUGUGUCCCAAAUGGCACCCUAUUCACUAUAUAGUGCACUACUUUUUAACUAGAGCUCUGUUCAAAAGUAGCGCACUAUAUAGGGAAUAGGGUGCCAUUUGGGAUGCAGCUUCUGUCUGGUAUGCCAUUAGUGUCUGAGCAGUGUCAUCAUGUCACCCUCUGUUCCCCAGGGCAUGAAAGGAAACGAGGUGAUCCAGAUGAUUGAGAAUGGUGAGCGCAUGGAAAGUCCCCCCAACUGUCCCCCGGAGAUGUAUGACCUCAUGAAGAAGUGCUGGACAUACAAGUGAGUGAGGAGGGGCCCAAAUUACAGAUCUAGAAUCAGAUUACCCGGGAAUCAGAAGGGAACGGUAACAAUGAGGAGUAGGAAUAAUAUCUGACCCUGGUUCAGUAGUUAGGAGGUCAAAUCUAACACUGACCUUAGAACAGGGUUUAGAGGAAACUGUAGCCUAUUUCAGCUUAUCUGUGGGAAGAAAAUAUCAUCCAAAACCUUGUUACAGUUUCCAUACAGUAUGACAAUGGAGAAAGGGAGAUAGCAGAACUGGCCCACAACUUACUAUUAAAAUUCAGUUCUGAGGCAAAAGUGGAUAUUACUAUCUGGAUAGUAGUACUGAUUAUUGUUGCUUACCUGGCAUCUUGUUAAUGACCUGGCUCUGGUAUAGGACACUAGGCUGUUUACUUAUCAUUUGUUUAUCUCCUACAGGGCGGAUGAAAGGCCUGGAUUUGCGGUUGUUGAGCCGAGACUGAGGGAUUACUACUAUGACAUAUCAUCACAAUGAUCAGUCACCUCAAUCAGCAACCAGUGGAGUGGAGCAGGGAAUAGAGCAUCUGACUAUGGACCUCAGGAGAUUCUGUCUGCUGUGGGGUGCUAGUGUGGUGCUCUUGGCACCGAUGGCUUCUUGGGAGUUCCUCUCAUUAAAAAGUGUUAUUAAGACAGAGAAACCUGGUCAGUAUAGAUUUAAAGAUUGAACAUAUUGUAAAUUGAUUACAAAUAUCAGUUUUAAACAAUGUUGGAAAGUAAAUAAAAAAUAUUGAAACCACUUCAUUGAAACACAUUUUAGUAAUUUAGCCUCUUAUCCAAAGCGACUUACAGUUAGUGCAUUCAUCUUAAGAUAGAUACAGUGCUUCGC